UGCUGCCCCCCCCACUGGGGCCGUGUGCAACUCGCGCAUAGACUACGGUCGCCCGCUGCCCUCGCGCAUCAUUCGAACAUCGCGCACCGCAGUCUCGGCAUCUACGCCCUGAACUGUAUACGCGUCCGGGAGAUCAUCCCGCAGCGACUUCGACGAACAGGAUAAGUUAAGCGAGCACAAUGCCUUUCAAACCAGCAGAUAACCCUAAGUGCCCUAAAUGCGGCAAAUCAGUAUACGCAGCUGAGGAGAGAGUCGCCGGAGGACUCAAAUGGCACAAAAUGUGCUUCAAGUGCGGCCUGUGCCAGAAGUUGCUGGACUCCACCAACUGCUCAGAACACGAAGGUGAACUGUACUGCAAAGUGUGCCAUGCACGUAAAUUCGGACCAAAAGGCUACGGCUUCGGCGGUGGUGCUGGCUGCCUGUCCAUGGACACUGGUGACCACCUGAAGGCUGAGAAUGCGGGCGUAAGGACUAACGGAGCUUGUCUGGAACCACGUGUUAUCGCCAAGGCGCCCCCCGGGGAAGGUUGUCCCCGAUGCGGUGGCUACGUGUACGCCGCCGAACAGAUGUUAGCUAGAGGACGGGCGUGGCACAAGGAGUGCUUCAAAUGCGGAGACUGCUUAAAACGGCUGGACUCUACUAACUGUUGCGAGGGCCCAGACAAAGACAUUUACUGCAAAGUAUGUUAUGGGAAGAAGUUUGGUCCUAAGGGAUAUGGUUACGGAAAAGGAGCCGGUGUCUUGCAGAGUGACCCUUACGCCAAUGGAGGUAUAGGACAUGGAGGAAUGUCAAGCCUGGGCCUUAUGUGUGAUAUUAAGGACCUGGAAUGGCAAAGUGAGCAAGCACCAAAGACUACGGUGAUUGAUACCGCUUCCAUUCAGGCGCCACCUGGCAAGGGUUGCCCCCGAUGUGGAGGCGUGGUAUUUGCUGCCGAACAAGUGCUGGCCAAGGGCCGCGAAUGGCAUCGCAAAUGUUUCAAGUGCCGUGACUGCUCCAAAACUUUGGACUCGAUCAUCGCUUGCGACGGACCUGAAUCUGAGGUUUACUGCAAGACCUGCUACGGCAAAAAAUGGGGCCCUCACGGCUACGGAUUCGCUUGCGGCUCCGGUUUCCUGCAGACAGAUGGCUUGACCGAGGAGGAGAUUUCCGCCAGUCGUCCUUAUUACAACCCUGAUACUACGUCCAUCAAAGCGCCCAAGGGCCAGGGCUGCCCGCGUUGCGGUGGCAUGGUAUUCGCCGCUGAACAACAACUGGCGAAGGGCACGAUGUGGCACAAGAAAUGUUUCAACUGCGCGGAGUGCCACCGGCCUCUGGACUCGAUGCUGGCAUGCGACGGCCCUGACAAGGAGAUCCAUUGCCGCGCCUGCUACGCCAAGCUCUUCGGACCCAGAGGAUUCGGUUACGGCCACGCCCCCACCCUCGUCUCGUGCGACACUGAGCCCGCUAUCACAUACAUGGAGCAGCUACCUUUCACUGGCCAGAAAGCAGCCAAAGGCCAGGGCUGCCCUCGUUGCGGAUUCCCCGUCUACGCAGCUGAACAGAUGCACUCCAAGAAUGGCACAUGGCACAAACGGUGCUUCUCAUGUGCGGAAUGCCAUAGAUCUCUUGAUUCUACCAACUUAAACGACGGACCAAAUGGAGAAAUUUACUGCCGAAGUUGUUAUGGCAGGAACUUCGGGCCUAAGGGUGUAGGAUUUGGUAUGGGCGCAGGCACAUUGACCAUGGCAUAAUAGACUAUGAAGCUGGUCUUUAUAGGAACCAUUUAGUUAUUAAAGUGGUAGCAUGAAAGGAAUCUAAUCUACUGUGAAUUGCUACCUAGCUUGACGGACUAUCAUACCAUGUAUUAAACUGGUUUUAAUAAUGGUUGAUAACUUAUUUCUAUGAGACUAAUAAAGUAAAUGGUAAUAGAACCUUUGAGGACACAUAUUUUGUUACGAAAGUAUAAAUUAAAGGUUACAUUCCUUUCAUAUGAUAUUGUACAAAUUGGGAUGAAUGUGUCUGUGCCCUUAGUUUACAUAUUCGUUAUAAAAUAUUGUAGUAAAUAAGGUAAUAGACUUAAUGUAGGUAUGUAAGAUGUAUAAAUAAUUUGUUAUACAGCAAGAAAAAAAAAACUUAAAAAAUCCUAAAAAAAAUUAACGGCAUUGUGAUUACACAUACCUUAUAAUUAUCACAUUGUGAUAUGACGGUAUGUGCAAAACAAAAACUAUCCUGUAAACGCGGACUAGAUUGCAAAUAAUUGUAAUCGUUUCGACCGACCAGAUCUUGAUCUAUAAGAUCUGAAGUGUCUAUACAUAUUUUUAUACACCAAAGAUUUUUGUACAUAAUUUAGUAAUUUACUAAAUGCACAUUUUCUGUGCUACGGUAAAUUCUAACCACUUACGUGUAUUACGCUUUUGGAGCUUUUGCUAUAUAUAUCUAACGAACACAUAUUAUGAGGAUAAUGUAAAGAUUAAAGCAGCUUUUUGCAUAUUAUUAUAUUAAACAAAAUUUGUAUAAGUUAUAAUUUUUAUUAAAUAAAUAUACGACA